AUAGAAUGGGAUGAGUUCGGUGAAAUUUAUCCCACAAAUCCAAUUGUGAUAUUAUUAGCACCCGGUAUAUCAUUGUACAAAAUUAAAAAGUUAUGUAGAGAAAGAAAUCAAAUUUUCGAAGAUAGAAAAGAAGAAAUAGUCAAAGCUAUCAACAUAAUAAAAAAAACAUACGGCCUCCUUUCAAAUCCAGAUCAAGACAUUGGUUUCUGU